GUCUCGAACAUCAUCUUUGCGCAGCAGGUACGCAGCUGCGCCACGGUGCGCCGUCAAAACAGAAAGCAGCCUGCAUACUGAGCACUUUUCCAUGUGCCAUUCGCUUUUUUUAUGUGCCAGGUUAUGUCGCAUCUGUUCUAAACAAAAAGGAGCAUUCAGUCAUUACUGACUAGACGUCAUGGCAUUGCGGGCGUGUGGAUUUGUCAUUUUUCGGCGUUUGGCCCAGCAGCCUCCCCCCGAUAAUAUAGAGUUCCUGCUGCUGCAGACAUCCGACGGGGAACAUGACUGGACGCCACCCAAAGGUCAUGUUGACCCUGGAGAGGACGACUUCACCACCGCCUUGAGAGAGACACAGGAGGAAGCAGGUUUAGGUAAAGAUCACCUGUGUAUGGUCGAUGGCUUCCUGCAGAGGUUGCACUAUCAGGUCCGAGGAAAGGACAAAGAGGUCCUCUAUUGGUUGGCUGAGCUCCGUGAUCCAAACACACAGGUCGUUCUCUCAGACGAACACCAGGAUUACCGCUGGGCCAGACUAGAGGAAGCCUGCAAGCUGGCAAAAAAACAGGACUUACAGGACACACUUACAGCAGCACAGCAGUAUCUAGAAACACAGGGCAAACAGUAAUAUUUACACUUGGUUUUGACAUUUAGACACUGACAGAGUUAAAUGCUUGCACUGACUCACCUUUAUAAAAUCGUUUUAGGAUGUUGAAUUAAUGACGGUUUAAAGGUGGACCUGAUGUGUUGUAUGAAAUUUGACUGUGGGAAUAGACAUUUGACUUUUGUCCUUUUUGCGUCUCUACUGAAUUUGAUUUGAAUUCAUAAUAGGUUGCUUUCAAGUUGUUAAAAAUGUUAAGACAAACUCACAACCUCUAAAUUUCCACCAACAAAAAAAACAAAACAAAGCUGCCAUUCAUUCCAAAGAAUGUUGUGGGUUCAAUAUGAGGUAAGCUCUAAAAACGACACUGUUAAUUAACACAGAAAAUAAUU